UAAGACCAUAGUUGAAGGUCUAUCUGGUACUUAUAACCAAAAUGAAAAUCAAUAUAUACGCCUGUAUCUUGACGCAUUUCUUGAUCCUUCAACUCGCUUCCGUCAAUCUAGAUCUACAAUCUUUGUUUUCUUCCUCAGGACUGAUCUCUUGCUCGCAAUGUCGGUGGAAUCUCUGAAAACCAGCAAUAUCGUUAAUGGCGAUUCUAAUUUCAGCAAUGGUCACACUAAGAAACCGUGCAGGAUCUACGUAGGUUACGAUCCAAGAGAGGAUGUGGCGUACGAAGUUUGUCGGUACUCUAUCAUGAAACGAUCUUCGAUCCCUGUGGAGAUCAUCCCAAUCAAGCAAUCUGAAUUGCGAGAGAAGAAUUACUUUUGGCGUGAGCGUGGGAAGCUCGAAAGUACCGAGUUCUCGUUCACUCGAUUCUUAACCCCAUUUUUGGCUGGAUACGAAGGUUGGGCGAUGUUCGUCGAUUGCGAUUUCCUUUAUCUCGGUGACAUCAAGGAAUUGUUCGAUCUGAUCGAUGAUAAGUACGCUGUGAUGUGCGUUCAACAUGAUUAUACCCCAAAAGAGACCACGAAAAUGGACGGUGCUGUUCAGACUGUUUAUCCACGAAAGAAUUGGUCCUCAAUGGUGCUUUAUAAUUGUGGGCAUCCGAAGAACAAGGUUCUGACCCCGGAGGUUGUCAACAAGGAAUCAGGUGCGUUUUUACAUAGGUUUCAGUGGCUGGAGGAUCACGAAAUCGGGUCUGUGCCAUUUGUUUGGAAUUUUCUUGUGGGUCAUAACCGUGUUGAGAAGGGUGACCCGAAUUCAUACCCUAAAGCUAUACAUUAUACGCUGGGUGGGCCAUGGUUUGAGGCUUGGAAAGAUUGUGAAUUUGGGGAUUUGUGGUUGAAUGAAUUGGAGGAGUGUGAGAUUGCCAAAAAAGUUGAGAAAUUGGAGUAAGAUUUGAGGGUUAUUGUUUUAGCCUCUUGUAUAUCUUGAUGUUGCUCUUCAAGUGUUCGAUGAAAUGCCUUUUAAGGUCUCCUAACAUAUGUAGUUUUUAUUAUUCUCUUAUUCAUUAUGAAUAUUUAUGAUUAAUUAUGUUGUAAUAGCACAAGUUCUUUGAUUACUUCAUUCAAUAAAUACCAGCUUUGUUUCUCUUUA